AUGUCGAACGUCUAUUUCCCUUACUCCAAGGCGCCUCUGCGCACCAUCAAGGAGAUCCAGUUUGGUCUCCUCUCUCCAGAGGAGAUCAAGCGGAUGAGUGUGGUCCAUGUGGAAUAUCCCGAGACCAUGGAUGAGCAGAGACAGCGGCCACGGACGAAAGGACCCAACGAUCCCCGCUUGGGCACGAUUGAUCGUCAAUACUAUUGCGAGACCUGCGAGGAAGGCCAGAAGGAAUGUCCUGGACAUUUCGGUCAUAUUGAGCUCGCGACACCCGUCUUUCACGUAGGCUUUCUGACGAAGACCAAGAAGUUGCUGGAGACUGUCUGCCACAACUGUGGAAAGAUCAAGGCCAAUACGUCCGAUCCCAAGUUCCUGGAUGCCUUGCGGGUUCGGGAUCCCAAGCGACGUUUCGAUCUGAUCUGGCGUCUGUCUAAGGAUGUGUUGAUCUGCGAAGCCGACCCUCCCGAGGAAGACGAAGAAUACUCGAAAGAAGGCACGAAGAAGCCUCGAGGGCACGGUGGAUGCGGCAACGCUCAACCUACCAUCCGAAGAGAAGGACUUACCCUGGUGGGAACGUGGAAGCCCAAUAAACAGAACAUGAUGGAUGACGAGACGGAGAUUCCACAACCCGAGAAGAAAACAAUUACCCCUGCGAUGGCCCUCAACAUCUUCCGGAACAUCUCUCAGGAAGAUGUUCGGAUCAUGGGGUUGAGUAAUGACUAUGCUCGGCCUGAGUGGAUGAUCAUCACCGUCCUCCCCGUUCCACCACCCGUCGUCCGUCCCAGCGUUCUUAAUGGCAAAAGCUCCAGUGGCCAGCGUUCCGAGGAUGAUUUAACAUUCAAGCUCGCAGAGAUCAUCCGGGCAAAUCAGAACCUGCAGCGAUGUGAACAGGAAGGCGCCCCCGACCAUGUCGUGCGGGAGUUCGAAGCCUUACUGCAGUAUCACGUCGCGACGUACAUGGACAACGAUAUCGCUGGUCAACCGAAGGCCAUGACAAAGUCUAAUAGGCCUGUCAAGGCCAUCCGUGGCCGUCUAAAGGGUAAGGAGGGUCGUCUGCGUCAGAACUUGAUGGGCAAGCGUGUCGAUUUCUCUGCUCGUACCGUCAUUACCGGUGACCCCAAUCUGUCCCUGGACGAGGUUGGUGUGCCCAAGUCCACCGCGAUGAUCUUGACGUACCCCGAAGUUGUCACGCCCUACAAUAUCCAUUUCCUGCAAGAGCUGGUGAACAACGGCCCCAACAAUUAUCCUGGCGCGAGGUACAUUGUCCGCGAUAACGGCGAACGUAUUGACCUUCGCCUUGCGAACAAGAAAGGCAAGCAGACUCUUCUCUAUGGAUGGAAGGUUGAGCGUCACAUUUUGGACGGAGACGUUAUUCUAUUCAAUCGACAGCCUUCCUUGCACAAGGAGUCGAUGAUGGGUCACCGUGUUCGAGUGAUGCCGUACUCGACCUUCCGUCUUAACCUGUCAGUCACGACCCCUUACAACGCCGAUUUCGACGGUGACGAAAUGAACCUGCAUGUACCUCAGAGCGAGGAGUCGCGUGCAGAGCUUCAUCAACUCGCCAUGGUACCGCUUAACAUUGUGUCCCCCCAGCGGAAUGGUCCCCUGAUGGGAAUCGUCCAGGAUUCUCUCUGUGGGAUUUACAAGAUCUGCAGACGUGACGUGUUCCUAACCAAGGAACAAGUGAUGAACAUCAUGAUGUGGGUCCCUGACUGGGAUGGUGUCAUUCCUCAGCCCGCUAUUCUCAAACCCAGACCCAGAUGGACCGGAAAGCAGAUAAUUAGUAUGGUACUUCCGCCAGGAUUGAACCUCUUGCGUGUCGAAAAGGACAAGGCGCCACUCUCGGAGAAAUUCUCUCCAUUAAACGAUUCCGGUUUGCUUGUGCACGGUGGCCAGCUCAUGUAUGGAAUGUUUUCGAAGAAGACGGUUGGUGCCAGCGGUGGAGGCAUUGUUCAUACGAUUUACAAUGAAUACGGACCUGAGGCUGCGGUCGCCUUCUUCAACGGAGCACAGAGAGUGGUCAAUUACUGGCUUCUCCAUAACGGCUUUAGCAUCGGUAUCGGUGACACCAUUCCUGAUCCACUGACAAUUCAGAGGAUUGAGAAUGCUGUACGGGUACGAAAGGAAGAAGUCGACUCGAUCGUGGCCAGUGCAACGGAGAAUACGCUGGAGCCAUUGCCUGGUAUGAACAUCCGUGAGACUUUCGAGAGCAAGGUGUCUCGUGCUCUCAACAACGCUCGUGAUGAGGCUGGUAGUGAGACAGAGAAGAGCUUGAAAGAUCUGAACAACGCCAUUCAAAUGGCACGCUCUGGUUCCAAGGGCUCGACCAUCAACAUCUCCCAGAUGACGGCGGUUGUCGGUCAGCAAUCCGUCGAAGGAAAGCGGAUUCCGUUCGGAUUCAAGUAUCGGACUCUGCCUCAUUUUACCAAGGAUGACUAUUCUCCGGAGUCCCGUGGAUUCGUUGAGAACUCAUACCUCCGCGGCUUGACACCGACUGAAUUCUUCUUCCAUGCUAUGGCUGGUCGAGAAGGUCUCAUUGAUACCGCCGUGAAGACCGCCGAGACUGGUUACAUUCAGCGCAAGCUCGUCAAAGCACUGGAAGAAGUUAUGGUCAAGUAUGAUGGUACCGUCCGUAACUCUCUGGGCGAUGUCAUCCAGUUCCUCUACGGUGAGGAUGGUCUGGAUGGUGCUCAUAUUGAGAACCAGAGAGUGGACGUCAUUAGGUGCUCCGAUGCACAGUUCCGUGACAGAUUCCGUGUCGACCUGAUGGACCCCGAGCGGACGCUUGGCCCCGAAGUGUUGGAACAAGCUACCGAAAUUGCUGGUGACAUGGAAGUUCAAAAAUACCUUGAUGAGGAGUGGGAACAGCUCCUGAAAGAUCGGGAGUUCCUGCGCUCUAUCGCCAAGGGAGACGAGGAGAUGAUGCAGCUGCCAAUCAAUGUGCAGCGUAUCCUCGAGUCAGCCAAGACCACCUUCAGAAUCAAAGAGGGUGCUAUUAGUGACCUCCAUCCGGCAGAAGUCAUUCCCCAAGUUAAGGCUCUGAUGGAUCGCUUGGUGGUCGUCCGUGGUGAUGAUAUCAUCUCGCGCGAGGCACAAGAGAAUGCUACAAUGCUGUUCAAGGCUCAGUUGCGUUCUCGGCUUGCUUUCCGCCGGCUCGUCACCGAAUAUUCCCUGAACAAGCUAGCUUUCCAACAUGUUUUGGGUGCCAUUGAAAGCAGGUUCGCUAGGGCAGCUGCACACCCGGGUGAAAUGGUUGGUGUACUUGCGGCUCAGUCUAUCGGAGAACCAGCCACGCAGAUGACCUUGAAUACCUUCCACUUCGCUGGUGUGUCAUCGAAGAACGUUACUCUCGGUGUUCCUCGGCUUAAGGAGAUUUUGAACGUCGCUACAAACAUCAAGACACCGUCGAUGACUGUCUACCAGGAAGGUCCUAGAAGGCAUGACAAGGAGGCUGCUAAGCAGUUGCGAAGCGCCGUGGAGCACACAAGCCUCAGAUCAGUCACUGAAACGACCGAGAUCUAUUAUGACCCUGACAUUCAGACCACUGUCAUCGAAAACGACCGAGACAUGGUGGAGUCCUACUUCAUCAUUCCUGAAGAUGUGACUGAUGAUUCUAGUCGCCAGUCUAAAUGGCUGCUACGUAUUAUACUAAGCCGUCCCAAGCUUCUUGAUAAGGGGCUCACGGUGCAAGACGUGGCUACGAAGAUCAAAGAGUCAUAUCCAAAGGAUAUCGCGGUCAUCUUCAGUGACAACAACGCCGACGAGCAGGUCAUUCGUAUCCGUCAGAUCCAAGAUUAUAAGGAUGACGAGGAGGAUGAUGACAUGGAAUACGAUGUUACGCUCAAGAAGCUCGAACAACACCUCCUUGACACUCUUACUCUACGUGGAGUGCCUGGAGUGGAGCGCGCUUUCAUCAACGAAAAGGACAACGUCCGCGUUCUUGAAGAUGGUUCUCUCUACCAGAGCAAGACCGAUCCGCUCUGUAAAGAAUGGGUCCUUGAGACCAGUGGCUCCGCACUGAGCGAGGUGUUGGCUAUCCCUGGAGUGGAUGCAACUCGGACGUACUCGAACCAGUUCAUUGAAGUGUUCGAGGUUUUCGGUAUCGAGGCUGCUCGCACUGCUGUCCUGCGCGAACUUACGCAGGUGCUUGCUUUUGAUGGUUCCUACGUCAACCAUCGCCACCUGGCGCUCCUAGUCGAUGUCAUGACAGUGAGGGGCUAUCUUACCCCUGUCACCCGCCAUGGUAUCAAUCGUGCAGACAAUGGUGCGCUCAUGAGGUGUUCGUUCGAAGAGACUGUCGAGAUUCUCCUUGACGCCGCCGCUUUUGGUGAGCUUGAUGACUGCCGUGGUGUGUCUGAGAAUUUAAUUCUCGGUCAGAUGGCCCCUGCGGGAACAGGAGAAUUCGACGUGUUCUUGGACCAGAAUAUGCUCAACACCGUGGUCUCGGGCAAUGCCGGCGUGGGAGCUGCCGGAGUCAAGGAGCCUGCCAUUUCAGAUGGCGCCGCCACACAGUACGACAAUUACUCUCCCAUGAUGGAGAACGCCUACAUUGGCACUCCAGAUCCGGAGGCCAAGUUCUCUCCGAUCCGCCAGGCUGGCUCGGAGACUCCUGGCGGCUUUACCGAUUAUCAGCCGCAAGGUGGCUUCGGUGGCUUCAGCCCUGCUGUUCAGAGUCCAGGAGGCUAUUCUCCAAGCAGUCCCUUCAACACAAGCCCCACGUCUCCUGGUUACUCGCCGUCUUCCAGCUAUUCUCCUACAUCUCCGGGUAUGGCUAUUACCAGCCCUGGUUUCGCGACUUCACCUGGCUUCUCGCCAGCCAGCCCAUCUUAUGCGCCGACGUCUCCUGCAUAUUCACCUACGUCACCAGCGUAUGGCCAAACCUCGCCAACUUCUCCGUCGUACUCUCCUACGUCUCCGGGCUUCUCGCCGACAUCGCCGAAUUACAGUCCUACGUCGCCUAGCUUCAGCCCGGCGUCUCCUGCAUUUAGCCCGACGUCUCCGAGCUACAGCCCAACCAGCCCAGCCAUUGGCGGUGGCCGACACUUCUCCCCGACUUCACCUACUUCGCCGAAAUAUUCACCAACCUCGCCGGGAUGGUCUCCAACGAGCCCAGAGACCUACUCUCCGACUUCGCCCAAUUUUGCUGGCUCUCCGACGUCCCCUGGUGGGCCGACGUCUCCCAGUUAUAGCCCUACCUCCCCUGCUUACAACCCAACGUCCCCACGCCAGUAA